UUGUAGUUCCAACCGACGAUUAGCAUACGGCUAACUCCUAACUUCCCAACCGCUGCUUCGGACAACUCUCGCCUCCAACCUGAGAAUGCUGAAUGGGCUGCGUAUCGAUGGCGGAGAGCAAUGACUGAGGAGUUUGACGAAGAUGUUGUAUUUGAGAACUCCCCGCUGUUCCAGUACCUUCAGGAUCUAGGGCACACCGACUUCGAGUCAUGUCCGACAGCGUCGCAGGAGGAGGAGGAGGAGUACGGUGCUGCAGAGGAAGACCUCAACUCUCCUGGCCGAGAUAAGCAGAAAACCUCAGGAGGAUGUUUAUGGAGAGUAGUCGAGGCGCUGCGGAGAUGGAGUCCCCUUCACCAGGCAGCUGAAGCUCAUAAGCUGGAGCAACAGCUGGACAGCGUUUUCGGCCAGUACUCGGUCCGAUGCAUCCUGGACCAGGACGUGCUGUUGCAGGAGGACGUGGAGCUGAUCGAGCUGCUGGACCCCAGCCUGCUCACGCUGGGCUCGUCGCCCCCCGGCUCCCCCAGACGAGCGGGCUCCCUGCCCAGGCCGAGUCUCGUCCCCAGACCGUCGCUGUGGGACGUAGCGGGGCUGCUGGGUCUGGCUGCCGUGCUGCUAGGAGCCUGCUACUCCCCUGACAGCCUGGGGUCUCUGGCUGCUGCGCCAUGGGGGCUGGCCCUGUUGGGCUGGGUGGGACUGAGGGGCUUCACGCUGCUGAGACGAAGGCGCAUGCAGAAAGACGUCCAGACCAGGGCCGGCCGGCUCCAGACUCUGGUCCACAACAGCAAAACUCUGACGGGACUGGCCCGCAAGGCCCUGCGUCUGGUGCAGGAGACUGAGGUCAUCUCCAGAGGGUUCACCCUUUUGCUCGACAGGGUGAGUGCGGCCGGCUCCUUUAGCAGGGCGGGGCCCGGGGCGGUGCCGCGCAGCCAGCAGCUGAUGGGACUCAGGAAGGUCCUGUACCGGGCUCUCCGCUCGGCCUUCCGAGCCUCGCGCAGGGCCACCUGUCACAUGCUCAAAGCGUUCCCGCUGAACUCUGAGGUGGACAACAUGACCAACUACGUGUGCGCGGUGCCUCUGAAGGAGCUGGGCCUCGGCCUGGGGAUCGAACACCUGGGGGACGAGCAGGCGCAGGAGCUGACGGAUGACUACAGCCUUCCAGCCCUCAAGAUGCUGUUCCAGCUGUGGUUGGGUCAAAGCUCCGAAUGCUUCCGUCGACUCGCUCUCCUCCUCUCGCCGCACCGAAUUCAGGAGUCUGAGGAGGGCGCAACCAAAGAGGACGCCUCCCCGCCUUCGUCUCGCUCGCCUCCUGCACCUCCGCUGCACCGGUCCGUCGCCGCCGUGACGGAGCCCCUCCAUCACGCUCUGGCCAGCUGUCUCGCCGACGUGCAGCGCAGCUACGACUUCCACCGGCACUUCGAGACGCAGCCGAGGACGACGGGCUCCGAUAGGAACGGACGGGCGCGGGAGAAGUGCCGAGAGCUCAACGCCCUGCACACAUCCAUCCGAAGCCUGCAGCUGCACCUCAAGGCGCUGCUGAGCGAGAUGAUCAUCUUGGAGGAUGAUCUGGAGAAGCUGAUGGUGUCCAGGGAGGUGACGGAGCUGACGCUCGAUGGCUACCAGGACCUGAGAGAGCGGCUCCAGCAGCUGCAGCCUCACAUGCAGGCCAGCGCCGGAUGCUGGGAGGAUACGGUCAGCCAGGUGGAGCGCAUGCUCAGACGGGCCAAUGCCUGUCCAGGUAACGCCGACCACACUGAGCCGUUCGUUCCUCCUGCUGCUGAGGUUCCUGCUCCUCCUCCGUCCUACCCGCUGAUCCUGGACAGAGACCCGGUGCCGGAGGAAAUGGAGCUGGAGGCCUACGUCUCCGACUCUGACUCGGACGGGGAAGGGAGAGGCUCGUGGUCCGACAUGCUGUCCCCGGAGGAGCGGGAGCGACAGCGGAGGGAUAGGGAGGAGUCGCGGCGCGUCCUGUCGGAGCUGAAAGCCGUUCUGGGCUUCCGCGCGUCCGAUGGGGAGAGGAUGAAGAGGAAGCAGAUGCUGUUCAGCGACCAAGCUGCUGCAUCACCUUUAGUUCUAACUCAGAGUCCCGAUGCUGCGAGUCCCGUGGACGGCGCAGAAACCGGUGCCGAGGAAGGAAGCUACCUAUCGGAGCUGCGUGCAGGAAACGAAGGGCAGGAAGGGGAAGGAAAGGACGACGGGGUGAGGCCCGACCCGGUUACGGAGUUCAGCUGCGGCUCGGAGGAAAAGGAGUUGGGAGGAGGACCUUCUGUUUGUGACGGAGGAGGAGGAGGAGGAGGAGGAGGAGCGUCCGAGCUGCACCAGUAUGAUGGCGUCCUGGAGGAGGAAGAGGAGCAACAGAACGGUUUGGACUGCUUCCUGAAAGCUAAAAUCCCGGCCGUGUCGGUGAUGGACAGACUGACGGAGAUCCACGGCUCAGAGGCGCUCAGCUUUAGCUCCGCCCUCGCUGCUCAGGUGGCGGCUCGCUCGCAGUCGCUCGUCAACAUGGAGGAGCAGACGUUCGGAGACGACGAUGAUGAUGAUGAUGAGGAGGAGGAGGAAGGAGAAAACUCCACAACCUCAGAGAAGGAUUAGACGUUGAGCCAUUGAGCUUUAACUGAGCAGAGACAGUAUUUAUGCCUGAUUGUCUCCGGUCCGGUCCGUAUUACGUCCUGUUCUCAUCUGACGCUCCACCUGUCCGUCCGUCACUCCGUCUCCGUUCUCCGCCUACGACUCCUACUGCUGUGGAAAACUCAGGAACAAGAACCACCAACGCGAAAAAGCAGAAGCUCCCAGCGUGGCGGUGGGCUUCGAGUAGCAGAACACCGUCGGUUACACCAAGAUCAGCGAAACCUGCAAGAAAGGCGCCUCUGUCAUUAUUAGCACUUUUUAUUUAGCUGAUUGUUUUCGCCGUCGGUGUGAAAAAAUUACCCCAGACGGUCACUGCUGAUCCACUAAACGAAUGUUUAUUAUGAGUUUGUCCAAAUUGAUGGAAGUCCAUUUUUGUUCAUUUAUAUUUCACCUCUUGCUUUUUUAAGCUUAUAGCUCGGGCGUCACGCUGCCUUCUUUUACUACACACUGCAAAAACGGAUCUAAAAAUAAGUAAAAUGUUCUUAAAGUUAGUGUAUUUGUCCUUG